AUGGCGAGCACCAAGGAUCUGCCGUAUCCUGCUCAUCAAACACCCCCACUUCUCUCAGCUCAUCAAACACCGCGCCUCUCUCAGCCCAUCAAACACCCGCGCCUCUCUCAGCUCAUCAAACACCCCCACUUCUCUCAGCUCAUCAAACACCCGCGCCUCUCUCAGCCCAUCAAACACCCGCGCCUCUCUCAGCUCAUCAAACACCCGCGCCUCUCUCAGCUCAUCAAACACCCCCGCCUCUCUCAGCUCAUCAAACACCCGCCUCAUCAGCUCAUCAAACACCCCCGCCUCUCUCAGCUCAUCAAACACCCGCGCCUCUCUCAGCUUAUCAAACACCCCCGCCUCUCUCAGCUCAUCAAACACCCCCACUUCUCUCAGCUCAUCAAACACCCGCGCCUCUCUCAGCUCAUCAAACACCCCCGCCUCUCUCAGCUCAUCAAACACCCGCGCCUCUCUCAGCUCAUCAAACACCCGCGCCUCUCUCAGCUCAUCAAACACCCCCGCCUCUCUCAGCUCAUCAAACACCUGCGCCUCUCUCAGCUCAUCAGCUCAUCAAACACCCCCGCCUCUCUCAGCUCAUCAAACACCCGCGCCUCUCUCAGCUUAUCAAACACCCCCGCCUCUCUCAGCUCAUCAAACACCCGCGCCUCUCUCAGCUCAUCAAACACCCGCGCCUCUCUCAGCUCAUCAAACACCCACGCCUCACUCAGCUCAUCAAACACCCGCGCCUCUCUCAGCUCAUCAGCUCAUCAAACACCCGCGCCUCUCUCAGCUCAUCAAACACCCCCGCCUCUCUCAGCUCAUCAGCCCAUCAAACACCCACGCCUCUCUCAGCUAAUCAAACACCCCCACUUCUCUCAGCUCAUCAAACACCCGCGCCUCUCUCAGCCCAUCAAACACCCGCGCCUCUCUCAGCUCAUCAAACACCCGCGUCUCUCUCAGCUCAUCAAACACCCCCGCCUCUCUCAGCUCAUCAAACACCCGCGCCUCUCUCAGCUCAUUAAAAACCCACGCCUCUCUCAGCUCAUCAAACACCCGCGCCUCUCUCAGCUCAUCAGCUCAUCAAACACCCGCGCCUCUCUCAGCUCAUCAAACACCCGCGCCUCUCUCAGCUCAUCAAACACCCGCGCCUCUCUCAGCUCGUAA